CCCCCCCUCCCCCGUAGCUCGUUGUGCGGGAGCAACGUGAUCGACUUAGUGGGGAAGAAAUGCGAAUUAAUUGAGUCGUUGUAGGGAUACAGCACAUUUUAUUUGUACGCCCCACCAUUCAUUUGCAUUUGUAAAUCUCAAUACUCUUCCAGCCAUGUCCGUCGACGCCGCUGCUGACCAGGGAGCACCUGAGUAUGUCCCAGAAAAGGUGAAGAAGGCAGAGAAGAAGUUGGAAGAAAACCCGUAUGACCUCGACGCUUGGAGCAUUCUGAUUCGAGAAGCACAGAAUCAACCUAUAGAUAAAGCGAGGAAGACGUAUGAGCGGCUUGUCACACAGUUCCCAAGUUCUGGCCGAUUCUGGAAACUUUUCAUUGAAGCAGAGAUCAAGGCCAAAAACUACGACAAGGUAGAAAAGCUGUUUCAGAGGUGCCUCAUGAAAGUUCUUCACAUCGACUUGUGGAAAUGUUACUUGUCGUACGUGCGAGAAACCAAAGGAAAGCUGCCAAGCUACAAAGAGAAAAUGGCGCAGGCGUACGACUUUGCUCUGGAUAAAAUUGGCAUGGAAAUCAUGUCUUAUCAGAUCUGGGUGGAUUACAUCAACUUCCUGAAAGGAGUUGAGGCUGUUGGCUCGUACGCAGAGAACCAGCGAAUCACGGCGGUGCGGCGGGUUUACCAGCGAGGCUGCGUGAACCCAAUGAUCAACAUCGAGCAGCUGUGGCGAGAUUAUAGCAAGUACGAGGAGGGAAUCAACGUGCACUUGGCUAAGAAGAUGAUCGAGGACCGCAGCAGAGACUACAUGAAUGCCAGAAGAGUAGCGAAGGAGUAUGAAACUGUCAUGAAGGGGCUGGACAGGAACGCUCCCUCGGUUCCUCCGCAGAACUCCCCCCAGGAGGCACAGCAGGUGGAGAUGUGGAAAAGGUACAUCCAGUGGGAGAAAAGCAACCCCCUGCGCACAGAGGACCAGACGCUCAUCACCAAAAGAGUGAUGUUUGCAUACGAACAGUGUCUGCUAGUUCUGGGUCACCAUCCGGAUAUUUGGUAUGAAGCCGCUCAGUACCUGGAGCAGUCCAGCAAACUGCUGGCAGAGAAAGGGGACAUGAAUAACUCCAAGCUGUUCAGCGACGAGGCAGCCAACAUCUACGAGCGAGCCAUUGGGACACUACUGAAGAAGAACAUGCUCCUGUACUUUGCUUUUGCUGAUUAUGAAGAGAGUCGAAUGAAGUACGAGAAGGUCCACAGUAUCUACAACAAACUUCUGGCCGUCGAGGACAUCGACCCCACGCUGGUCUACAUCCAGUACAUGAAGUUUGCCAGGAGGGCCGAGGGCAUCAAGAUGGGUCGCAACAUCUUCAAGAAGGCCAGAGAGGAUCUGCGCACGCGGCACCACGUGUACGUGACGGCAGCACUGAUGGAGUACUACUGCAGCAAGGACAAAUCGGUGGCCUUCAAGAUCUUUGAGCUGGGAUUGAAGAAAUACGGCGACAUCCCCGAGUACAUCCUGGCGUACAUCGACUAUCUCUCACAUUUAAACGAGGACAACAACACCCGAGUCCUGUUUGAGCGGGUGCUCACCUCCGGAAGCCUGUCUCCAGAGAAAUCGGGUGAGAUCUGGGCUCGCUUCCUGUCCUUCGAGAGCAACAUAGGAGAUCUGGCCAGUAUCUUGAAAGUAGAACGCAGGCGUUUCUCCGCCUUCAAAGAGGAAUACGAAGGCAAAGAGACGGCUCUGCUGGUGGACAGGUACAAGUUCAUGGACCUGUACCCGUGUUCCACCAGUGAACUCAAAGCUCUGGGCUACAAGGACGUGUCUCGAAGCAAGCUGGCCUCCCUGCUGCCGGAGACUGUGGUCACUCCGUCGCUGCCUGCGCUGAAGGAUGACGCCGACCGGAAACCCGAAUACCCAAAACCUGACACCAAUCAGAUGAUUCCUUUUCAACCGCGGCACCUUGCUCCUCCGGGGCUACACCCAGUCCCUGGUGGAGUGUUUCCAGUGCCCCCUGCUGGUGUACUUCUCAUGAAGCUGCUCCCUCCUCCUACCUGCUUCAAUGGUCCUUUUGUACAAGUCGAGGAGCUCAUGGAGUCCUUUCGAAGAUGCGCGCUACCUGAGACUGUUGAAGCUGCAGUGGAGCUCAUCACAGGCAGACCACCGGACGCCGCAGGAGAGGGCAACGGACCCAUGGAGAACCACGCCAUCACAAAGACACUGAAAAGGCCAAACGCAGACUCGGACGAGGAGGACGACAAAGGCGCCAUCGCGCCUCCCAUCCACGACAUCUACCGAGCACGUCAACAGAAGAGGAUCCGAUGAAGCCACAACAAUGACAAAUGAAUGUAACAUUUCACAUGGUCCUCCCUGUAAACACGUCUGGUUUAAGACUCCACUUUGUCCUCAAAUCCUUGUAUCUGUUUUUUUUUUUUUUAACAGUUUUUAUUUGUGAAGACUGUUCGUUUUGAUGCAAAAAUUUGUAACUCACCCAUUGAUCUGUCGCGCACAGCUUGAGUUCGGCCUUCCUGUGUUCCUGUGAUGGUCUUUUUUAGAUAACUGGUGCAAACUUUUCCUCAAUAAAGUUGGGAAAUCGUUUAA